GCGCAAACACUAGAGGAUGGUGCCUGCCGCGGCCACAAUAGCCCCGCCAAGCUUUGACCGGUCAUUCAUUCUCUUAGAAGAAGAAGUACAAGAACUCCUGGCCUCAACAGCCGCACUUGAGGCAGACCUUAAGAAUGUUGAGCAGCAGGUCGAGGUCGCAGAACGCCGGCGCGUGGAGGCAGCAGCGCGACGAAAGAAUGCAGAAGAAGCUCGCGAGCGCCACGUCGCGGAGCUAGAGGAGGCCCAGGAGGAGCUGCGGGCGGGGACCUGGCAGCCUGCUGGCGGGGUCACAACCGAGGGGGAUGCCGAGCCCUUGCCCCCCGCAGCAACCGUUGAGGUCUCCGUAGGCACGACGAGCGUGAGUCUGGCGGUAACAGCAAACUCGGAAGCCCCAUCAACACGGGGAGGCGCAGCGUCAGGGGAUGCGCCCACCGCUGCCGCUGGCGUGGGUGACGCUACAGCGGGCGUGCCGCUCCAGCCCUUGACGCAGCGCCAAGUCAAUGAGCGGUGUCGCGGUGUGCUGCGACUGCUGCGUGACAUCAGUGAGGCCAGCCGCUCCAUGCCGGACCGGGACGAGGCCUUCACCGCGCUGCUACGGGACUCGUACAAGGGCCUGCUCACCGCCCUCAAGGCCGCCAUACCGCCCAGCAGCAACAACAGCACAGCAGGGGCAGGGGUCGGGGCAGGGGCAGGGCCCGGAGCAGGGGCGGCGGCAGCAGGCGGCGGGGGUGGCGGAGGCGGGUCAAAUGGCGGCCGGCAAGGGCCAACGUCGCGAGGCCAGGGCAGGAGUCAGGCCGGCGGCGGCGCUUCAACGGCGGCCGGCUCAGCUGCAGGAACACCACGGCCAGAGGCACCGUUGGCUGAUGGUGGGGCCCAGCCUGGCACUGGCAACAGCACUGGCGGGGCGGCGGUGCUUAACCGGGAGCCGCUGCAGCGGGCAGUGGCGGCCAAGCGCCUGUACCAGCAGCAGCAACAGCAGUUGCGGGCCGUCCGCUCUCGAUCUGCCUCCCCGCCCUCCGGGCCCGGCACGGCGCUCUACUCCGGACUGCCGCCGCUGCGCGUGGCACCCGAUGGCCAGGCGGCAGCGCCGUCAGUGGUGGCGCCAGUGGCAGGCCAGUCCGGAGCUGGAGGAGUGUCCUCCCGGGCGGGUGCUGCCCGGCAGCUACAACCACGACAGCAGCAGCAGGAUCGGCCGCAGGCGACAGGUGCGCGCACGUCUGGGGUUGGGCGCCCAUCGGGGUCGGGGGCAGAGGCAAAGGCGGGGGUAGGGGCAGGGGCAGGACCCGGCACGCGUCGCAGCAGCGGCAGCGGCCGCGAGGCUGGCCGUGCAGCCGCAUCGCAGCAGCUGUAUGAGUCCGCCCGGGGGCCAGCAGGCGCAGCCAUGGCGCAGAGCCUGCUGCAGCCGCUGUUGCAGCCUAACCCGGAUGAUGAUGCUGUCGGCGGGCCCGACGAGGAAGCUGACUGGGACUGGCACUGGCAGGAGGCUCAGGCGGAAGCAGUGUUGGAGGCGGCACAAGACGAGGGGGCCUGAAUGCAUGAACAAGCUUCGCAAAGGACCAUGAGCGGCUGCAGCAGAGGGCGUCGAGAUCCUGGAAAGCUGCGGACAGGUGGCGGCCAGCGUGGAAGGACAAUCGCAGCGGGCUUUUGGACGUGCCGCUGAGCUGGCGCCAGAUGCGUUGGUUGGUUCGUUGCGAGGUACUUGGCGCCACGGCAGCACCGGCCGUGUUUGGGUUGGUUGGGUGCCGCUAGGCAGAGCAUUAGUUGGUGUGUCAGCGCGGCAUUUGGGGGGCUACCGUCACCGAUUACGAUGCUGAGCGAGGAUGUGUGUGCGGACCUUGGAGCUGACCACCUUGCUGCAGCGCCGUCGUUGGGCGCGAUGUGUUUCUGUUUCAUUUCUGUAUGCUUGGAAGUGGUUUACGUCCGCGUGUGAAACGCGUCAGCGUUUCUGCGGUGUCACGCGGACGUCGGAUCGGUCACCUUUCGAAAGGG